AAAGGGAAAGUGCAUGUGGAGCGUGCGUGGGUGAUUCCUGUUGCGUGCCGUCGUUUGAUUGUGCAUGAAAGACAUGGGACUUGGCCGUCAGGCCGCUUAGGACAUUCUGUGAAACCGCUCUCUCAGCGAAAGGGAAAGGAGGCUGGAGGGUCCCAUGGCGCCUCAAUCGUCCCACUGGACAGAGCAGAAAGGCGAAGUCGUGAGAUCUGUCGCCACAGACGCCGACGCGUUCAGGGGCAGCAAGGCUGGCGUGCACACGCGGCGGCGUGGGCUGAGGUUGACGGCCCUGGGCUCCUUGCUGUCGAUCGAGAAGCACUGGAAGGCGCUGUGUGGCGCGUUCGUGGAGAUCUUCCUGCCUACAGGAUUUCCCCACACCGUCUGUGCAGACUACCUCCCAUAUCAGGUACGUGCGGUGGUGCGCAUACGCACUCUCUCUCUCUCCACACACACACACGCGAAGACACUCCAUGCAAUGAGAUGAGUGCAUGAUUUCUUUCGGUUUGUUUGUCAGGUGUGGGAUUCCUGCCAGGCCUUCUGCUCGACUGUGACGGGCCUGUUGGCGUCGCAGUCGGUGUUGCGGAUUGUGGGUGUGGGGGACGCUGCGGCCACUGCCUCGAGCGCCGUGCUGGUGUGGGUCAUGCGAGACGGAUUCGGGAUGGUGGGGAGAAUCGCAUUCUCCUGGCAGGUAGGCAUGGCAAGGCACACCUGAGUCCCUUGCGACCAUUGCACUGCAGACAGACGCGUGUGUGUGUCGUGUUGUUUGUGUGGCCGGCCGUUUAGUGGUGCAACCAACUGGAUCUCAACGCCAAGACAUGGCGGUGCGCUCAUUCAUUCAUUCAGUUGAACUAAAAGAAAGAGGCAGUGAAGUGAAAGGGCGAGCGAGGGAUCUAUGUCUGUCUGUCUGUCUGGUGCGGUGCAGGUUCAUGGCUGACAUCCUGAACGAUGCCGGGAUGACUCUCGAGCUGCUGACACCGCCACGCACCUCGCCGCUGUUCAUGCCCACCCUCUGUGGGGCCACGCUGUGCAAGGCCGUCUGUGGCGUGGCCGGGGGGGCAACGCGCGCGGCACUCACUCUCCAUUUCUCCGUGGCAGACAAUGCCGCAGGUGAGCUGAGCAAGACGGAGGGAGGGAGGGAGGGAUCGAGAUUCGAUUCACACGGAUGUAUGUGUGUGUGUGAUUGUUCGUUGUGUGUAGACGUGAGUGCCAAGGACGGCUCGCAGGAGACCCUGGUCAAUCUGCUGGGGAUGAUCGUCGGUACGCAUCGCAUGCACACACACACGUCAGUCACGUCACAGGUGCAUGCCAUGGUGCGGUGCACACACAGUGGCAUGACACAGCACAGUAAACGUCAGGUCAGUGUCCUUUCUUUCUUCUGUCUGUGUGUUUCUGUGUGAUGUGUGACUGCUUACCUUACCCACCUAGGUUCCUACAUCAUCAAGUCGAUAGAGGAGGACCCCUUCUUUGUGAGGCUGCUCUUUGCUGUGUUCACCGCCCUGCACCUGCUCUUCAACUACCUGUGCGCAACACACACACCACACCACACCAUUCGCACAGAGACAAACACGAAACAGGCACCAAUUGGGUGAUGUGUGUGUGUCAAUUGCGUCCAUCUGUCAGGGCUGUCCGCUCUGUGGUCAUGACGACGUUCAACUAUCAACGGUUCAUGAUAGCUGCUGGAUGGUCAGUAAUUAGGCCGCACACCGAUUCGCCUCCGAAUCUUCACCCACCCUCCCCUCUCCCUCCUCCCUCUCCCUCUGUGUCUGUCUGUCUGUGUCUGUCUGUCUGCUUCAGCUUUCUGCAGACGGGCCACGUGCCGUCGCCGGAGACAGUGGCCAUCCAUGAGAAGCUCUUCUGGCCAGUGGAGGCACCCCUCAUCGAAAUGGUCGUCAAGACCUUCAUCGGCCUCCUGUCGAUGCUGCCCAAGGCCGACCGUUGGGCGGGGUAUGCUCUGGUGGGUCGGGGCGACGACAACCACAACCACAACAGGCACAGCAAGGAGAGGGCGCGGCGCGUGGCGUGGCGGUUGCUGAACAAGGAGAGGGAGAGCGGGCUGGCAGGAGGGUUCAUGUACGGCGGAUCCAUCAAGGACGCCAUCGACAGAGCGCAUGACCGGAACAGAAGUGAGCAACCCACCGACGACCGACAGACGCAGAUUCUUCUCUCUCCUCUUUUGUCUUUUUGUCUUCGUGUUUGUGUGUGGCAAUGGUUGUUCAGUCCAAUCGUGGCUGGAGGAGUGGACUGCACAUGUGCCCUCACCCUCGCCCUCUUUCCUCUACCUCCCACACAUGCGUCGCUCCAUCAUUCCGUCGCCGUGCGGCCCGUCCAUCAAGACAUACGCACUCGCCACACAGAGGCCAAAACAGUAAGGAAAAGCAAAAGAGAGAGAGAGAGGGUGGGAGGGUCACCAUGCUGAUCUGACCAUUGUGUCGUGCAGCGGUCGUUUCCGCGCCCCUCCACCCCCUCAGUCGUCUGCCAGCAGUUCUCCUGUGUCCAGCUACCACGGCAGCGACACGCACAGCCCGACGAAAGAGGCCAUCCCGGCGCCUCUGCCACCCGUAUUCUUCCACGCCUGUAAGAAGAGAAGACAAGAACAGAGCGACGGCGUUGAUGGGGGCUGCUUUCGUACGCAUCUGUGUGCUUACGUGUGUGUGCAGGUGUGCUGCACAGGUUGGCUGUGGGUGCUGUGUCUGCCCUGGACGACGGCGCCAAGGGCCAGGACGGCGGGGUCAUCAGAAUGGGAUGGCUGACACACGCACAAGUAAGUCACCCGUACACCACACCAUCUGCGCGCGCACAUCAAUCCAACCACUACCUUCCCUGCUGUGCCACAUCCCUCCCUCAUGCAGCGGCUGGACACCCUCCGCCGCAUCCGUGCCAUCUCCCUUUCCCUGCUCACCGGCGACCAGCACCCCCUCCCCCCCACACCCCCGUCCCGCCCCACACCCGCACCCAGCCAGUCGAGCACAGCCACGCACACCCAAACCCAAGACGAGAUGUCAUCCCACAUGUCGAUAGCCAUUACCGGUGGGGCGCGUGGGGACUGGCGCGCCGCCAUGGGUGCAUUUGUGACGAAGGCGGAGCAGGCCAGGUGGAACCUUGGUACGCAAAGCCUUCUUGAUGGACGAGGAGAGAGAGCAAGAGCGCAUGCCGUGGGCACGGUUGUGUGAUUGGUUGUGUGUGGCUGUGCUGUGGUGUGCAGGUACGAUGUUGAUAGAGGACCAUGGGUGGACGCUGAUGCGCGCAGAGGGGGAGGAGGGGGCAGGGGCAGCACGGAGGGGAUGACUGAUCUGACUGACGACCUGACAUUGGUUGAUUUGAGACACAGUGUGCGAACAUUCUGCCAGAGGAUAUUCAUUGCCCAUCCACGAGUUGGAGUUAGACAUUGUGAGCACUACAAGAUAGUGCGCACACAAUGUCUUCCUUCAGCUCUUGGAGGAGUAAUGGUUUCCUCUGCAUUGACUAAAGCCGGCGGC